AUAGAGGAGAAAUUUUGAUUAGCUAUUGUGAGAAAGUGAAAAAAUAUUAUUAGCAUGUGCUUGUCUGUAAGUUCAGCGUCCUACUGGCCGCAAACGAAAGUAAUUUCACUGGUAAAGAACAGCCUUGUCCUCCUUCUCGUAUCGUUUCUAGGGCUUGAAACCAAGGUAGUCUUUUCAAGUCCGGUUCAAGUUCAACAUCUUAGUCAAGUACCUCUUAAUCGUUGUAAUUCUACAUCUCAUCAACAAUCAAUUACUGAUUUAAUAGAAUGUGUGAUGCACAAUGUAAACUUUAUCAAAAAGAUAGAAAGAAAAGCAAGAGCAACGGAAGAGACUGAAAAUUUAUUUGAAAACCCAGACUAUUACCAACCAUAUCCUUCUGUAAAUUCAGCAGAUUAUCAAAAAUCUCCCAUUUUGGAUGCAAAUGGCAGAUCAAUUUUUAAUCUCAACAUAUUUAACGCAAUGUCAUCAAUAUCUAAAUAUGAUGAUUAUAAAUGUAUUCCGCGGAUUAUUUGUGAAAUGGCAACAGGUGUAAGACCAGAAUUUACCAAAUAUAAACAGAGUUAUUUAAACUCUCCAAUUAAUUCACUUAUCAGCUUUUUGUCUUUCCUUAAUAUUGGAGAGUCUUCAUCUCCAUUACUUUUAUUUGGGAAAUCUGCCUUAAUAGGUUACAGUAAUAAAGGUAAUCCAGAGAUAUGCUACCAUCAAUAUCCAAGAUGUCCACGAAAUCCUAAUGAUCUUGUGAAUUAUCUCAACAACUACAACGGAGGAUUCUUUAGAUUUUUCAACAUUCGUAGUUCGAGAACUGGAGAUUCUAGAAAUGCAAAUAAUGAAGAAUCUUCAACAUCUUUAUUUAACCCAGAAGCCAAUUUAAUAUCCGAUCGUAAAGGAACUGGUGAAUUAAAAUUUGAUACUCCUGGUUCUGAACCAAGAUCUUCUUUUUUCAUCAAUGAGAGGAGUUUGAAUAAUAAAGUUAUAUUUCCGGACGAUUCGAGUCAUGUAGGUGGAUUUAUUCAAUCAGAUUAUACUAAAUUGUAUAAAAUUAAUGAUCAUAACUCACCGAAGCAGCGUUCAUUUUUUCCUCAGGACAGAAAGGAUCCAAAAAUGACAGAAGUGAUGUACGAUUUGAAUCAAUAUGAAGACUCAAAUAAGGAGCCCAUAACUUCAGUAGAUGGCCAAAGUAUGAUGAUAGACAUUGACAGUUCAAAACUACGUCCCGAACAUUUUAAAAGUACUCCGAAGAAAAGUCUUAUAAAUGAUGACGUGCUUCAGCCAAUUGAUUUAGAGGGUUUGAAUGUGAUUAAUUUGAUCGAGCUUUAUGCUGAAGAUGAAACUCAAUUGGAACAAAUCUUUCACCCUUGUGAUAUGAUUUGUCAUGAUUCGAGAGGUACAUCUGUUCAAUUCAGUCAAGUUCUUAACUACGGCAGUCUAUCUACUUUUAUGACACCUGAACGACCGAUUUUGGAUUUAUCUCAGCCUCUUUCUUGUCAAGUUCUAUGCCACAAUGAACGUGGAGAAGAAAGGAGGAUUUUUACUACACUAAGCCAAACCCUUCGAGCCAGUUUAGAUCGUAAAAAGAGUCAAGAGUAUAGUUCAGCAAAUGAAUCGCUUCGAGUGAAAGUAAUAAAACCACGUUUUGUUGGAGAUUCAAUUGUGGAUGAAAAAACAAUAACUCCUCCUGUUACUUUGUCUGAUCCGAAUUCGGUGUUAUUGUCAGAGAUGUCCCCUAUGCAACUGACAGGUGGACAAGCUGGUGUUCUUUCAAAUUUACAACCAUGGGGACAAAGAUCAUCUCUGUUUGGAGGUCAACAAGGAGGCAUUAUACCUCCAAUGGGUGGUCAGUUUUUAGUUGAUGACACUCCAAUAGGUGAUAAUCCUUUGGCGAUUGUAACAAACGCAUCAACUGAUGGAGUACAAUCAUAUGGUGGUAGCUAUGGUGGUGGAACUUCAGCAUUACCAGCAUCUUUUACGAUGUGUGGUAGUUAUCUUUACAUAGUACCUUUGAAUGCAAUAGCCACUCCAGUUUGUACAGUUCCUGUUAACUCUCCAAUGAUGAAUCAGAAACCUAUGCUAUCAAUUCCAAAAAAUCCUUAUGGAAAUUAUACUAAUUUUUUUAACGUAUUAUCAACAAAUACUAAUGAAUUUCCUGAAAGUAAGAAUAAUUUUUUGCCACCAUCAGUGGAGUUAAAUAAAAAAAAAAUCUUUUUUCCUCCUCCACAUCAACAAGUGAUUCCACCUAAAUAUGAAGAUAUUUCCAGUGCACCAAAUGUACCACCAGACGUAGCUGCUCUAAACCCUGGGGAUUAUCCACAGGGUUCUUGUCUCGAGGGUGAAUCUUGGAAUGUGGAUGAUAAUCAAUGUGUUCCAAUUAAAAGCCACGAAGAUUCAGAUUAUGAGUAUUCUAAUCCACGUGCAAAACAGACAUCUAUGAAAGAACCUUUCAACAAAGCUGAUUUAUCUCCUCAAAGAAUACUUAUACAGACUCCUACUGCUGAUAUAAAUAUUCAAAGUAAUUAAAAAAUU